UUCAAAGGGGUCAUUGAGACGCAAGAUCAUAAUAAAGUCGCAGGCAGAUUUGGGGAAUGCGCAAGCUUAACACGUUUUCGACACCAAUCCGGGCGCUUUUCCUUCCCUGGAAUUUCUCCUAACUGCGUAAUUGGGGAAGAAAACAAAGUUUUCAACUGAGACGUUUAGUGCAAUCGUUAAACAGAGUGCUAUGCGUGAGUGAGAAGCGAGUAGUAUUAAACAAUAAUAAAGAGAUCUCGUAGUUUAAAAGUGAUAAUGACAUAUACUAGCCUAGUUUUUAAUGUGACGGCCCGUGUCUAAUAAAUCCACGGAGUCCUCACGUCCACGUCAACUGAAGUUCGUUUUUUCCACAGCGAGUCCAGGCAGCAGCGGACUCGAGCGUGUGGUCCAAUCGGAGCACAGAAGCCUUCCGGUGCGCGUCCAAUCAGUGCACGGCGCUCGUGCGACUCGUCCAAUGGGAGGGCCGCCCGUGCAGGUGUCUGCAGUGUUAUCAGAGGGUCCCUCUUGGCUGGCACCACACCGCCAAGAGUGCGUCAAAAGCGGCCACAGCACCCCAAGACCUCCUGGCACUUGGCCCGGAGCCUCCCGCCGACUCGGGACGAAGUUCGCGUCUCCCCGCACCGCACCGGGAGAGUGGGACGAGUGCGCCCGGAAGAGUCGGUGAACUUUCCUUUGCGACUUCCUUCCUUUGGAGUGGCUGGCGGUUCAUGUUGACAAAUGUUAGCUGCUGUGGGCCAGAUGGAGGCUAACCGGCAGAGUGCUUUCGUCCUGGGCAGCACCCCGCUGGCGGCGUUGCACAACAUGACCGAGAUGAAGACGUCCCUCUUCCCGUACGCGCUGCAGCACAGCCCGGCGGUGACGGCGGUGACGGCGGCGGCGGCGGCGGCGGGGGGGAGCUUCAAGGCGCCGUCGCUGUCCAGCCUCAACUCGCAGCUGUUGAGCGGGGCCACCCCGCACGGAAUAAGCGACAUCCUGGGCAGACCCAUCACCAGCGCCGGUCAGCUGCUCUCCGCCGGCUUCCCCAGGAUCAACGGCAUCAACGGGCUGGCCGGCACCGCCGCCGCCGCGGCCGCCGCCGCCGCCGCCGGGAUGUACUUCGGCCCCGCCGUGUCGCGCUACCCGAAGCCGCUGGCCGAGCUCCCCGGGCGGGCGCCCAUCUUCUGGCCCGGAGUCAUGCAGGGAUCCCCGUGGAGGGACCCGCGCGUGCCCUGUCCGUCCCAGUCCAGCUUGAUGAUGGACAAGGACGGCAAGAAGAAGCACUCCAGGCCCACUUUUUCAGGCCAGCAGAUUUUUGCACUGGAAAAAACCUUCGAGCAGACCAAGUACCUGGCGGGCCCGGAGAGAGCUCGCCUGGCCUACUCGUUAGGGAUGACCGAGAGCCAAGUCAAAGUGUGGUUCCAGAACAGGAGGACCAAGUGGAGGAAGAGGCACGCGGCGGAGAUGGCCUCGGCCAAGAAGAAGCACGACUCGGAGACGGAGAAGAUGAAGGAGAGCUCGGACAACGACGACGACGACGACUACAACAAGCCGCUCGACCCCAACUCGGACGACGAGAAGAUCACGAGACUGUUGAAAAAGCACAAGAGCAGCGCGGGCGGCAAUUUGGCUCUCAUCAGCCCCUGUAGUAACAGCUCGGACACCUUGUGAUGAGCCCCACCCCGGCCCCGCACGUAGAAUGGGGGAGGGGGUCCGCAAGACACUCUUAUGGGCCCAUUUGCACCUGACAUUUGCGACACUGGAGAGGAGACGCCAAAGGACACAUCGGGGACAACUGCAGCGCUCCACCCAAAUAUGGAUGCGCGCAAUCUGGAUUGCGCUCCGCAGUGACAACGACGCUAAUAUCAUUUGGACCAAUUCACUGAAGAAUUUGAAAUUGUCCCGUGUGAAUGACAAUGUCAUGUUUGUCUCGUGAUUGGCUGGCGACCAUUCCAGAGUGUACCCCGGCUCACCCCUGACCCCAACGACAAGCGCUAUCAAGAAAAUGGAUGGAUGGAUAUUUUUUUUUUUUUUUUUAGUUUUCCCGAUCCGGAUUCAUCACCAAUGUUUCACAUGUCAGGUGUGAACGGGCUGUGACGCUUUCAAAGCUCAGUUGAAGCAGGGUAUCCGCCGUCCUAAAAGGCGACGCAAAGAUAACGAAAACGGAUUGUCGACGACAAAGUAUGCAGGAGAUUGUAUUGUAUAUAUUUUUUACAGAAUAACUUAUGUUGUUGGGAGCAGCGGGGAGGGAAAAAAACCACACACACACAAAAAGACUUAUUUCCUUCCUCCAUGCAGCCCUGACGCGCUUAAACAGCCACCGCUUCAUUUGAACUUCUUUUUCAGUCGCACACUUCAAAAUGCUGUAAAUAGAAAGUGUUAAAAAAAAGAAAAAGAAAAAAAAAAGGAAUUGACACUACAUUUUUGUUUUGACCUCACCAGACAUCGCGAUAGAAAAUUGGAGCUUUUUUUUUUUUUUUUUUUUGGUGUUGCUUUUAAAAAGUAUUAUUGCUUCCGGGGAGGUUAUAGAGAAAGACAAACACUUUGUAUUAUGAAUAAAUUAUUUAACAAGCAUUUGUUUCAUCACGUUUUGUCUUAAUGUAUGGGUUUAAUAUAAAUUAAAGAUACAUUCGUGAAAUGUCAUUAUUGUUAAUAGGUCGUUUAAAACUGAAGUAUGUUUUCAUUGUUUUUUUCAAUUGUUCAUUAUUUAAUACUGAUUGAUUCAUGAGUUUCAUUUUAAUGACUUGGGAAGAUGUCACUCAUAAUAUACUCGAUUAAGGAACCGCCAUCCAUUUUAUAAUAAUAAUUCGACAAAAAGCAAGUUAUGACCUUGCAGAAACAUAAUGAAAAUAAUUUUGGGAAAAACUUGAAAUAUAUGUAUUACAUUAGAACUUAAUUCUUGAUUGAGAGCCUUUUAUGCAGUUGAAAUACAACUGAAAGUAAAGCAUACUGAAGAGGCAGGUUUAUAAAUUUGCAAUCGUUUCCGUUGAACGGAUAAAGGCCUUGUGGUAAUGCGACCCCCCUUUUUCUUCUGGGGUACUGCAACUUUCUCCUUAAUUGUAAAUUUAAAACCUUUUUUGGACCAAGAAGAAAACAGACACCUGCAAUUUUAGACGGGUGUGAUGAUACAUACAUACAUGAAACAAAAAUUAAAGCCAACAUUUUAUAACUCUAAAAAAAUAUCGGUAUAACUACAUUUUGUGAUUUGUCAACAUUAUAACAUUUGGCAUAAAUGAGAUAUU